AUGAAUAUCCCUGGCAGUAGUAGUAAUUCUAAUACUAAUAUCAAUAAUAGUAAAGGCAUCACCAAUAAUAAUAAUAAUAACAACAAUAAUAAUAAUAAUAAUAAUAAUAAUAAUAAUAAUAAUAAUAAUAAUAAUAAUAAUAAUAAUAAUAAUAAUCCUCUUCUCCAUAUGGAGGAAGUCAUCUACACCCCUGAUCGCUAUGUACAUCAAAAGACCUCCUCCUCCUCCUCCGCAUUCGCAUCACCGGCGCCCUCGCAGAAAAACAACACGCAUGAGAACAUCACACUUCCACAAAUGCCCCCGCAGUUUUUAACCCCAACUGUUUUUUCUCGAAAGACAUCCGGCCGUUUUCUCAGUAGCUCCACUACACCCAUUCGAUCCCUCGCUAUCCCCCUAUCAACUGAACUAGAGCGUGGAGGUCCACAACAGCAACAACAACAACAACAACAACAACAACAAGGAGGAGGGGAGGAAGAAGAAGAAGAGGAGAAGAAGGAGUCAAAACUACAAAAUCAACAACAACAACAACAACAACCAUUAUCAUCAUCACCAUUAUUAUUAUGUGAACCAUCAUCAUCAUCAUCUCCACUGGAAACGCAAAUCUCGCAAAAGAAACCAACACUUUCAUUUAAAGAGAGACAACGACUCUCUGAGGAGAAACGUCACGAUGUAUGUAAAGAACAGAGUGCGAGACCCAUACCCGGUAAUCAAACAAAACCCGGUUUAUCCCUACAGUAUCAACGUCCAUUGGGUGUUAUUAGUUUUACGGCGAGGAGUAAUAGUCGAUGUAAUAGUUUUAGUACCAAAGAUGAUGUCUUUGCCCCACGAUCGCCCAGUGUGAAGUCUCCACAGAGUACAACAACAAUGACGAAACUUUCGUUUAAAGAACGUCAACGGUAUGGAGUUGUUGUUUCGCCACCCCAUCAUGUUGGACCACUUUGGCAACAGGGGAGACUAUCUAUAUCUCCAGCAUCAUCGCAGUGUACAGAUAUGAGAAUACAACCGGAACCACCACAAGAAAAAAGACCAGAAAGACAAUCACAACAAUCACAACAAUCACAACAAUUACAAUUACAAUUACAAUUACAACCACACCCACCGGAAAAACAACAGGGGGAGUUGGUUCUUAGUAGCACCACACUUGAGGGUGCGGCUUCUUCCUUUUCUAGUACAUGGCCCCCAUCUCGUGUGGAGAGUAGUGGGACGAUUACACCACUAAAAGAAGUUCCCGAUCUAAAGAAGAAGAAGAAAAAGAAUAAAGAUGACAGUUAUAGUUUUAGUCCACGACAGAACUCACCGAGAGCAUUACGGAAAGAGAAAUCUUUACAAGGGAAUGUGCAUGUGAAUACGAAAGAUACAAAUAAAUUAGUAACAGGCGCUACAAGAGAGCGUCAGGGCGAUAAUGUACUUCGAUGUAAAUCAGAACCCACUAUGAAUACCUUACGGACAAAUGUUGAAAUACCCAAUCAACAGAAAAACAACAAAAAUAAAGAACUUGACAAUCGAACGGAAAAUAAGAAACAGAAUAAUAAUAAGAAGAAUAAUAGUAAUAAUAGUAAUAAUACUAGGACGAGACAAAAGGAUGAGUCACCAAGAAAAACAACAACCACAACCACAACCACAACAUCAACAUUAUCACAAUUUCGUGAAGGGAAUGAACGAUUAAAGUCUACGAAUUCUCUGUUACCACCGACGAACUCAAAUCGACGUCUCUCACCUCUCGCCUCUUCUCAGUCUGUGAAUCCAAGAGAUGUGGCCCCGAAAGAGUAUACAAAUAGAACCAGCAAAAGUGAUAAAUGUAUGGAUGAUGUCAGUUCAUCUAACCGAAUCCCAUCACCUAGACGAGAAAGUGGAAAUGCAAAGAAACAGAAGAAAGAGAAGAAACCAAAAAAACAAGAGAGUUAUACACCUCUGGUAUCACCUACAACCCUAUUAAAUGUCACUUCCUCCUUCUACCAAGGUGAUCAUAAUACCAACAUUACAAAACUGGGACAAGAUAAUAAUGAUAUCUCAAUGAAUGUUCCACAACAAAACUCUGCAUUUUUGAUGAGUACAACUUCAACUCAAACUGGAUUUUAUAACAGUUAUGAUCGACGUGAACGUGAUAAGAUGUUAAAACGUCCAACCGCAGCAGGACCAUUAUUAUCACCAACAACAACUGUAGGAACAAACCUCUUUUCACCAAUUCCAUACUCAGGGGAAGUAAGUACAUCUACCUCCACGGCAGUAGAUAACUUUAUGCAAUUAAUGCAUCAACAGGAAAGUGGUCAAUGUCAUUCCAUGUCGGUAACAUCCAACUCACGUAUGGAGAGAUCAGUGCCCCGCACACAAUCACCCGAAACCACUUCUGCUUUAGCAGCCACUCGUGAUAAUAGACGCAAGAGUAGUUUUUCAAGUCUUUACUUCUCUAUGAUAAAAAAGCAAAAAUCACAGCAUUACACCAGCCUUACAGGGUUUCCAAGUCAGACAAUGAUGGAUGAGGACACCAUUCGUGAGGUGCGUGGGGAUAGUAUAACGGAUGAUCUUUUAGAAAUGGACUGUAAUGACACCUUUGAAGGAUCACCUAAUAAGGUUGGAUUAAUAGAGACAGAAGAACAUGUGUUUAUCCCACGUUAUGAGUUACUGCAGGAUGGUAGGACGCCAUUUGAGAGUUCACUGAUUCGUAUUCGAGCAGCUAGUAGAUCCAAUCGAAACAAAACUAAAAGGGCUGUUAAUAGUAAUGAGGAGGCAUGUAUGUGUAGUUCUUCACUGAAGGAUGUUGUAAAGUCAACAAAAGGUGAUGGUAGUAGUAAGAAGAAGAGGAACAGAAGAAGUAGUAAGAGAACUAGUAGAUAUAAUAAUAAUAAUAAUGAUGUCGAUGAUGAUAAUAAUGAUAUUGAUGAUGAUGUUGAUGUUGAGAAUGAUGCGUUUGUAUUUGGAAGUGUUUCACCCAUAUAUACAACCGAUCCGGCAGAUGAGGAUCCACAGGUGGAUUGCAAGGUUGCCGCACGACUUAUUUUUGAUGCUGAUAAUGAAGUUGUAAUCAUUUCAGGUAAUGAAGAGGUUGGAAAGUACAUCAAUCAACCUGCACAGGAUGGAGAUAAUUAUAUGAAUGCUAAAUCCCAAACAGGGGAUGAAGAAAGAGACGCUUCACGUUGUGCAUGUAGUAGAGAUUUUAUCACAAGACAUUUACGUGGGUUUGAUUACACUAAACAUCAUGCGCAUAAAUUAUAUCAUCAUUGUGUUUAUUGUAAUCGUCGUCCUGCUGCAUUUCUUUGUCUACACUGUCUCAAAUCUACCUGUCCUUCACAUGUUACCAAACACUACCGAGAAUGUGAAGAAGAAUGUACUUUAUUUCUUAAUCAACUUGAUAUUAUGACAAGUUUUGAUCGUAUAUUUUGGUGUGAAAAGUGUAAUGGAUUUACAUGGAAGUAUACAGAGGCAUAUGAUGCCCUAGUAGAUCAUCUUGCCUAUACUCGUGGAACCUAUCUUGAUGAGGCUGUUCGAGAUAUCUCUUGUGUUGGGUAUAAUGUACUAUUAAAAAAACCACAACAACUGGCUCAAUACUCUAGUAUCAAUUUAUCUCCAGGACGAGAACCGGGAUGGCUUAGUGUUACUGCAAGUCCAAAUAUGAUUGUUUCCCUAUCACCAUCAGUGGCAGCUUCUCCUGUCUUGUUACCUCUAGAUGAAGGACAAGGACGUGGUAUGGCUCUACCGAAUAGUACCAGUUUUCGUACGAAUGCCAAUAGUAAUAAUAAUAAUAAUAAUAAUAAUAAUAAUAAUAAUAAUAAUAAUAAUAAUAAUAAUAAUACCAAUAGUAAUAAUAACAACAACAGGAAGAAUAUUAAUAUUGUGGAUCAAAACAGUCACACUGGUAGAUGCAGCGGAUCCCCACGGCGACGACCAUUUCAACGGGAUGUUGCGAGUCUAUUGAAUGAUCAUGAUGUACUUUGUGUAAGAGAGGCGGUACCUAAACUGGUUUCACUUGGAGCCAAAGUGCAAGGCUGGCGAACAACACAAGAAGACGCUGAGGCCGCUUUUGUGAUUGAUAUCCCUGCAUUUACAUCAACCUCAGAAACAAAAGCUGAAGAGAUGGAAGAGGAUGAAUCACCAGAGACAAUUGCAAUGGCUGUGUUUUGUGUAUUUGAUGGUCAUGGUGGGGAUGCGGUGGCUAAACUUGCGGCAAGUCAAUUCGAAUCGCAUCUACGCAAAGCCGUGGCCUCUGGACGUCACGAUGAUGAACAGGCACGUUCACUUUUACUUCAUUUAGAGAUGGAGUCAUCAUCGCAGGUGUUUUCUCUUGGGGAAAGAUCCCCCACAGGGACGCGGGAUAGCGUCUGCCAUCGUCCACCCAACAGUAUGGAAGUAAACAAUAACAAUAAUAAUAAUAAUAAUAAUCAUGUGGUUGAGAUUAAUGUAGCGGAUCGUGUUCUCACGGCUCAGGCAGUACAACGGCAUAUUGAAAACACCAGAAAAAGACACUCCACCUCUCCCUCAUUCUCACCUACGGCUGAAACUACUACAAAAGACGGCGUUGUUGAACCUCGUGGUGUUGUUAAUACUACUACUAAUCCUACUAAUCCUACUAAUCCUGCUGCUGCUGCUGCUGCUGUUGGUGGUGGUGGAGGUGUGAAAGAUACUCGUGUUGGUUGUUGUGGUAGUCCUAUGUUGACGCCUGGUACAACUGGUGUUUGCAGUACCGGUUCCCCACUUGUAUCUCGACAAGAAAUGGAGAUGUUACGUGCCUACUUUGCCAGCAUUAUGGAAGAUGCCCUUCUCUCUUUAGAUGAUGCCCUGCGGCAUAGUGUAGAAGGACUACGUGGGGAUUAUCACAGCACUGGCUGCACGGCGUGUGUGGUGGGCAUCACGGCAAACUUUAUUCUCUGCGCGAAUGUUGGCGAUAGCGGGGCGGCGGUGUACACACCGUGUGGCAUUCGCCGCAUCAGCACCACGCAUCGAGUGGCGGACGAAGUGGAGACGGCCCGAAUUCACGCGGCGGGAUAUCAUUUGAGUGGCGGCCGCAUUGAAGGCCGACUGGCAGUUCCCCGCGCGUUGGGGGAUUACGACUUCAAACAAUGCGGCGGGCGGGGGGCGAGGGAGCAGGCGGUCGUCGCGCUGCCGGAUGUGACCAUCACUCCCGUCCCAACAGCCGCGGAGGCCACUCGCUGGGGUGUUAUUCUCGCCUGCGAUGGGGUGUGGGACAGUGCGACGCUGCACCAGGUCCAUCAUGCGAUUGUGAAUGCGCAGAAUGAUAUUGACGUGGCGGGAUCGGCAAUGGAUGCGGUGGUGCGGGCACGAGAGAUGGCAACAGCGCUGCGGCAUACACAAACAACAACAACAACAAUGAAAGGAGGAGAAGGAGGAGGAGGAGGAGAGGCGGCUUCUGUAGAUGCAUUGUUGUUGGCAUCGGCAGCGGGUAUCUUUGCACAGUGUGUGGCCCCGAGUGAUAAUGAAGAGGGUAUUGGGAUGGAUAACUGCAGUGUGAUUCUGAUAGAAGGACGGGCAUAG